GACUAAAAGACUAGAGAAAGGGGUGCUUGCUGAGGUUGGACUGUGCCCGUCCUGGCUCCUCCUCCUUAGAUAAUUGGGGAGGGGUAUAUAUUCUGGGAUGGCUCGAAGCACCGAGAUUUGGUGGGGAGACCCCUGACUUUAAUCUGCAGCUGAAUUUUUUUUUUUGUCUUUGCAGACUCAAUGUCUCAGGCCAAAGGCCUUGUGGUUCUGGCGUACAGUGGUGGUCUGGAUACGUCCUGCAUCCUGGUUUGGCUGAAAGAACAAGGUUAUGAUGUCAUCGCUUACCUGGCCAACAUUGGACAAGAGGAAGACUUCGAAAAGGCGAGAAUGAAAGCUCUUUCUUUGGGUGCCAAGAAGGUUUACAUUGAGGACCUGCGCAGAGAAUUUGUAGAAGAGUUUAUUUGGCCAGCGGUCCAAGCUGGGGCUCUCUAUGAGGACCGCUAUCUUCUGGGCACGUCUUUGGCCCGGCCAUGCAUCGCCCAGAAGCAGAUGGAAAUCGCCUUGAGAGAGGAGGCCCAAUUCGUUUCUCAUGGAGCUACAGGCAAGGGCAACGAUCAGAUUCGGUUUGAGCUCACCUACUACGCGCUCUCCCCUCAGAUCCAGAUCAUUGCGCCCUGGAGAAUGCCCGAGUUUUAUACCCGCUUCCGAGGACGGAGUGACCUCAUGGAAUAUGCCAAGGACCAUGGAAUUCCAGUUCCGGUUACACCAUCUAAUCCUUGGAGUAUGGACGAAAACCUUAUGCAUAUCAGCUAUGAAGGUGGUAUUUUGGAGAACCCUAAGAAUCACCCUCCUUCUGCCAUCUACAAAAAGACCAGGGACCCUGCCACAGCUCCAGAUUGUCCGGAUACCUUAGAGAUUGAAUUCAAGAAAGGGGUCCCUGUGAAAGUCACAAAUAAGAAGGAUGGGGCUGUUUACCAUACAUCUCUGGAACUCUUCAUUUACCUGAAUGAAAUUGCUGGCAAGCAUGGUGUUGGGCGUAUCGACAUUGUGGAGAAUCGGUUUAUUGGGAUGAAGUCAAGAGGUAUCUAUGAGACUCCGGCGGGAACCCUCCUCCACCGUGCUCAUUUAGACCUCGAGGCCUUCACCGCCGACCGCGAAGUGCGCAACAUCAAGCGAGGACUGGCCACCAGGUUCGCCGAGCUGGUGUACAACGGCUUCUGGUUCAGCCCCGAAGGCGAAUUCAUCCGCCAUUGCAUCGACCAUUCCCAAGACCUGGUGGAGGGAAAAGUCCAGCUCUCUGUCUUGAAGGGUAACGUCUACAUUUUGGGAAGGGAAUCGCGCCAAUCCCUGUACAACGAGGAACUUGUAAGCAUGGAUGUUCAAGGGAGUUAUGAACCCACGGAUGCCACUGGAUUCAUCAACAUCAAUUCCCUUAGGCUGAAAGAAUAUCAUCGGCUCCCCAGCAAGGUCAGGCUGGCUCAGAAUUAAUGGCAACCAAGAGGCCCCAAAAGCUUAUUCCGUUAAUUUCUUCCUAGCUCUCAUCAUCCGGGUCGCAAUUGGUAAUGUUAUCCACCUUCCUGAGCCCUGUUUUAUUACCCUUCUCAAUUGUCGAGCGGCCGAAAAAGCAAGAGAGUUCGUCCUACGAAACCAAAUCCUUAUUAAAACAUUUCCGUCAUUA